AUGCAGAUAAAAGCUCCUCCAAACUUCAUACCAGAUGAUUCCCGAGCCAGGCAAAUUCAUGCUCCGCCUGUGCAUUCUCGGUACAGAAAGUUAGACCUGUACCGAACUGUUCAUCAAUUUUAUUACAUCGACAACCACGCCAUUCAGGUAGCUCAGACCGACCAUGACAAUUUCACUGACCUGAUCUACCACCUGGUGUACAGCCAGAACUUGCAGUCUGACUUGGAUAAGUGCAGGGUUAUCUUCCGAUGGAUGACUUCCAAGAAUAUGUACACAAUCAGCUUUCGGGAUGGAGCCAACCCCAACAGUCCAGAAGAAGUGUUGCUUUCUUUCAAGAACAAACAGGGCACAUAUGCUCGUAUUUUUGAAACGUUAUGUCGUUUUGCUGGAGUUCACUCAAUUGUCCUGACCGGCUAUGCCAAAGGCUUGGACUACCGCCCUGGUGACAAGUUCAAGGGCAAUGAGUACAACCACAGCUGGAAUGCUGUUCUCAUUGACAACAACUGGUACCUAGUAGACUCUCACUGGGCUACCAGGUAUCUCGUCUCAGAGAAGAACAUGCCAGAAAAUCUGGUCUACGAAUAUGAUGACUUCUACUUCCUCACGGACCCUGAGCAACUGGUCUACAGCCACUGGGCACACAAGAAGGAGUGGCAGCUGCUGUAUACCCCAGUCACCCUGCAGGACUUUGAGAAUCUGCCAUUAGUCAAGUCGUAUUUCUUCAAAUGUGGCAUGUUUUUCAUCUCCCAUCACAACGGUAUCGUUGAUGCCAAGAAGGGACGCUUGGCUCUCACAUUAGGAUUUUGCAAGCCGACCAACUUUACAUACAAGAUUACAUUUUCUGACACUGGAGAAGAAGUCUACCAAGGCCAGAAACUGAAGAAUUAUGCUCUGCAGCAUCAAGGACAAAACCAGACAACAACCUUUAUCUUCCGUGCGCCCCGUGCCGGCCCAUACUACUUCACCAUCUUUGCUCAGCUUCUCACUGGGGAGCUGGGGGUGAAGAAUAUCUUCACCGCUUCAGCAGAGUACAAGGUCAUUGCUGACACAGCAGCCAUUGAUGCAGCGCCUCUUCCAGCAUGUUCAGACAGCAGCUGGGGCCCAGGUGUGGCAGUGGAUCAGCUUGGGCUGGUGGCAACUCCAGCUGAUGGUAUUGUGACCACCACAGAUGGUCGAGUCAAUCUGGAGUUUGCCAAGACAAAACCUGCUUUUGUGCUGUGCAAGCUUCGCAAGAAUGGUGUCAAGGAUGAAGACCUGGACAAGUACAUUACAGAACAUGAUGAGGGAGAUAUAGUGAGGGUAACUGCCGAGCUUCCAUCCAAAGGAGAAUAUGGCAUUGAAGUAUACGGCAACGACCCAGCUAAAGAUGGUGACACAUACACUCACAUUUGCCAGUACUAUGUGCAUUAUGCACCCCCAAAUGAGCAGCAAGCUGCCUUCUACCAGGAGUCACCGGAAAGACGAGGCCUGGCCCCAGGACAGAAUGCAACCAGCAAUAAGCCACGUGGAUACACUGCUGGCACAGCUGGAUUAAACAACGCCUCCCUGAAUCAGGAUGGGUAUGAUGAAGAGUUCCCUCCUCCACCACCUGAACUGCUCCAGCAGCAGUAUCUGUAUGGUACUGUCCCCGACAGCAGACAGCAGGCCAUCCAGAGCAACUAUGCCCAUCCCCAGGGCCACGCUGUCAGCUCUUAUGCUCCAGGUGUUGGUCAAACAACAGCACAGAAACCGCAACAGGCAGAGCUAGUUCAGAUUCCUGUCAGCACUAAGCCGAUUCAGGUUGAGAAGAGAUCAGUAGGUCAGGGCGGCCAGGCGGCUCCAUCUUCCUUCCAGCUGCAUCCAAAAUCAGAGAAAGAAGCUGCUCCUGGUCCAGCUCCAGCUGUAGGAUCUCAGCAAAAGCCCUCGCUAGAAGCCAUUGACAGGAAUGUGCUGCAGUCAGUCGAUGAUCAUGCCAUUCAGGUCUCCAAAUGUGAGCACAUCAACUUCAAGGACUUGGUCUGGGAUUUAAUCUUCUCAAAGAACAUUACCAAUGAACUAGAAAAAACAAGAGUUAUCUUCCGAUGGCUGGCAACUAAAAAUCUGAAAGAAAUGAACUUUGACAAGGUUGAGAAAGGCAGUCCUGAAGAGGUUCUCAUGGGCCUUAAGACCGGAAAAACUACAUAUGCUAUGGUGUUUGAUACAUUGUGCAACCAUGCUGGCUUACACUCACAGAUCAUCAGUGGUUAUGCCAAAGGUGCCGACUACAGGCCUGGACAGAAGUUCACCCCAGGAACCAACCAACAUUCCUGGAAUGCAGUCUACAUCUACGGCACCUGGUGCCUGGUGGAUGCCCACUGGGCUGCCAGACGUAUCAUUGGAAAGCAGGCCACCAAUGAGGACUUCCAUUACCAGUUGGAUGAGUACUUCUUCCUGCCCGAUCCACAUCAACUGAUCUACACACACUUCCCUGAGGACAGUCAGUGGCAGCUCCUGGAGCGCCCAAUAACACUACAGGAGUUUGAAUCCAUGCCUCAUAUGAAGCCACAGUUUUUCAAAUAUGGUCUUGAGUUUGUCACACAUCGUACUGGAGUUAUCCGCAGCCGUGGAGAGCUCACCAUCCGCCUCCGUUACCCCGCAGACAAAAUUGCAGUGGCUUUUAACUUCACCAUUCAGUUUGAGGAUGGCAAUGAAGAGUACAAGGGGGUGAAACUCAACAGGUACGGUCUGCAGGAGAGCUCCGGCAGAAUUGCUUCAUUUACCCUCCACUUGCCUGUCGAAGGUUCCUACAUCUUGUACAUCUAUGCUAAAGAGGAUACCCCCGAGAACAAAGACAGUGUGUAUGCACAAGUCUGCGAGUACAAGAUAGAACAAGAGUAUGUCCCGACCCCUCCCCCAGAACCGUACCCACCUUGCUCAUACCUGAACUGGGGAGCUGGAUCUGCCUUCUUCAGAUAUAACCUCAGUACUUACCAACAGUCAGCCACCUUGCACACACGGGAGGGCAAGGUUGAGUUACAGAUCAAGAUUGCCACCAACAUGCAGUUCAUGGCCAAGCUGAAGAGCAACAAGUUCAGCGAUGCAGAGCUGGAAGGAUAUGUGUUACAUAGAAUCGUAGGCAACACCGCUUAUUUCAACGUUAGCUGUCCAGGCAGAGGGGAAUACGGCUUAGAAAUCUACGCCAACAAUCCUGAGAAGGAGGGCAGCACCUUGUACCAUGUGGCACAGUACUUGAUUCUUUGCCAGGAGGAUGUUAAGGUGGAACCCCUGCCAACACUGCCUCAUGGCUACCUCGGCAAACAGCCAAGGUUUGACGAGUUUGGCCUGUCCUGUGUGUCUCAUGUUGACCCGGUCAUCCACCUGGACGUCAACACUGUCACAAUUGCCAUGAAGGCACUGGUGCCCUUGCGUGUGACUGCAAACUUGAUUUCGGUGGAUACGGAUGAAGAGUUUCCGGAUUUUGUGUUCUCUAACUGUCUGGCCUCCCAGAUCUCCUUCAUCGUCAAUCUCCCAGUCACUGGUUAUUACAAACUGCAAAUUUAUGCCAUGCCGCAGUCUGACCCCAGCCAACAGUUGCCAGGUGUUUUCAACUAUCUCAUCCACUGCCGAGCAGUAACACAGGCUGUGUUUCCAUUCCCUAAACAAUACGCUCAGUGGAAAGAAGGUUGCUUCAUGUACGAGCCUGGAGUCAUACCCACCAACAGGGGACCCCAUGCCAGCCAAGUCCAGCUCAGUCGACUGCCCACCAAGAUCAACUUCCGGGUGAUCAUCCCCAAGGCUGAGGCUGUAGCUGUGGUGGCUGACCAGCAGUGGACACACCUAGAGAGACUGCAGGGCGAUGAAUGGGCCAAAGUCGUUGAUGUCACAGGCUUGUAUGGAAAAGGCGUCAAGGUCACCCUGAACGCAAACUUUGGUGGUGACAAGGCCAGCUACUCGACUCUGCUUGAAUACCUUCUCUAA